AUGGUGACCACACGAUUGAACACGUCUGCACAACUGCAGGAGACAGGGAUGAACGUUGACAAACAGACGGACGAAUUUCCGAAUUUGGUGGACUGUAGUGACGACAACGAGGACGAGGUGGACAGGGUAUUGCUGCACUUGAUCCGUUCCAUCGCCCUGUUCCUCUCCGGGUUCUUAUUGCAGCCAGCAAAGUUGGCCACAGAGGUAGCGGAACUUGCUGCGUUUAUUUCGGCCGGCGCUGCAACGUCGGACUUGUUAAACAAACCGACUGUCGCACUUCUUGGUCGAAUACAUGCAGCACUGUUUGAAUGGGUGCACCGCGAAGUGGAUAACGACCAUGAGCUGGACGGGUUACUGCAAGAACAAGGCGUCUUCGUGGUCAUCCAAACUCUUUUCCGACAGCAGCGGACCAAACCUGCAGUCCAGUGUCGAAUACUCGUCGCUCUUCUGACUUCGUAUUUGGCACGGCUAAAGUCUCCGCUGGUCCGGUAUGAACCUGCUAGUAUGCUAGCUUCGACUCUUGAUUAUCUGGUGGCAACUGAGGAAACCAGCAAAAGCGCAGAACUUGUGCCCUUGCCAGUGCUAUACCCGCUUGUGAAUGCAGUGGAUUCCAUCAGCAUCGAACAGCGUGAGUGCCUUGAUGCUCUGGUCACAUUGUUGCGGUUGUUCUCUGCAUGCGACCCAUUUGACAAGAUUCUCACUGCAUUCACUACGACAUACCACGUCAAACUUAUCGGAGCCGGAAACACCGCAGCUGAACGAGAGAAUAGCAAUCAAAACGUUGACAACGCAAGGGGUCUUUGCUUCGUGCAGAUGCUCCUGCGCUACUCGGACCACAUUUUUCGACGAGAUGUUCAGCUUGAGCCAUUUGUCCCUGCUUUCUCGUACUCAGAUACCGAAGACGACGAUGAUUCAAGUGAAGAUGCUGGUACUCAAUCUUGUCACCACUCGUCUUAUAUAAACGACAACUCGAUUCAUUUAGUAGCAGAAAGUCUGGGGAAGACUAGCAACGAGGACUCUGUGGACACGAACUCGAGCGGCAAGAUGCCUGCUCAGAUCUCAAGAGAGUUGUCGGAGCUCAACCACGAAGAAGUGUUAGUGCUACGCAACGCUCUUCGUGCCGUAAAGGCAGAGAAUGCCAUGCUGAAGAAAGCGGCGUCACAUUCGCAAAGCAAGCACACGAGGCACGACAAGCAGGCAAUGACAUCCGGAACUCGCCGCAGCACGAAAUUUACAGAUGAAACCGAAGACAAGCACGACCACUUGGUUGGAAGCGAAUGGGCAGGCGGAAUCGCAUUCAUGGACGUUCACCUAGUGUUCGUAGGUAUCGCGGCUGCAGCGGGGACGAUAGCUGCUGUGCUCUGUGUUUUCUACCACUUAUAA